CAAUUUUUUAACUUGUCAUUAAAUUAUUUGUUGCUUAACGGAAGUGUAAUUCAAGUUUUUUAUUUGUUAACCUAUAUUAAAAGCGUAGUACUUAUUAGAAACUGUAAAAAAUAGUUUUUUCUUAAUUGAAAUUAGCUCUCGUAUAUUAUACGAAGUCACAAAGUGCAGCCAAAGCACCGAGCUCAUGUGCUGGAACAAUUUUCGUAAGUUUCCAGUGGACAGCAUAUUAUUAUUCCAUAGACUCUUUGGUCUAAUGUAGCGAUAGCACGCCGUAAAACGGCCGCCUCUCUCUGUCGACAAUAUACAUGACGUCCAUCACAUCGGCCAUUAACUUGUAUUCUGACGAGGCGGAAGCAAACAAAGCAUGGUGAGCGUAAAGCUGCAGCCUUCCUUCCCUUUCCCACCAAGUAUACGGAGAAGAGGCCAACUGGAGGUUCUUGCUUUCCCUUCCGUCUGGUCUUUGGUGCAAGCAUAAAGGGUCACAGACGUCCAUCACAUCGGCCAUUAACUUGUAUUCUGACGAGGCGGAAGCAAACAAAGCAUGGUGAGCGUAAAGCUGCAGCCUUCCUUCCCUUUCCCACCAAGUAUACGCAGAAGAGGCCAACUGGAGGUUCUUGCUUUCCCUUCCGUCUGGUCUUUGGUGCAAGCAUAAAGGGUCACAGAAAAAGAGAGAGAAAGAAAGAGAGCUGCUUUGGUAGCGGGAUGGAAGAAAGCCUCUUGGGGAGGGAACAAGAAGGGGGAUAUGGGUUUCUGAAUGGGAGUCUGAUUCUGCGGGAAAUGAAGAAGCAGGGAAUGGUAGCUUUGCCAAUGGUCGUAGUGAGCUUCUCUCAGUACCUGCUGCAAGUGCUCUCCCUGAUGAUGGUGGGACACCUGGGCAAGCUUCCUCUUUCAAGUGCUGCCAUUGCUUCCUCCGUAGCUGGAGUCAUGGGCUUCAGCGUUCUUCUUGGGAUGGCUAGUGCUUUAGAAACAUUAUGCGGUCAGGCUUAUGGGGCAGAGCAAUAUGAAAGACUUGGGAUUUACACUCAGAGAGCAGUAGUCACCUUGCUGAUUGUGUGCAUCCCACUGUCGCUUAUCUUGGUUUACAUCGAAAAGAUUCUCUGUUUUGUUGGGCAAGACCCAUUGGUAGCACAUGAGGCGGGAAGUUUUGCUAUUUACUUGAUCCCGGGUCUGUUUGCUAGUGCGCUUCUUCAGCCACUUUUGAAGUUUCUUCAGUCACAGAGCUUGACGCUUCCAAUGCUCUAUAGCAGUUUCGCUGGUCUGUGCUUCCAUGCUCCUGUCUGCUGGCUCCUCAUCUUCAAAUUUGGCUUGGGACAUAUUGGAGGUUCCCUCUGUGUUCGUCUUUCGUACUGGUUUAGUGUAGCUAUUUUGGCAUUUUAUGUGAAACUUUCACCUUCCUGUAAGCGUACAUUGGCCUCAUUAUCAAAGGAUUCGUUUGGUGGAUUUUGUGAUUUCCUCAAGCUUUCUUUUCCUUCUGCAGCGAUGAUCUGUCUAGAAUAUUGGUCGUUUGAACUGCUGAUACUACUCUCUGGGCUACUGCCUAAUCCAGAGCUUGAAACUUCAGUUCUUUCAAUCUGCCUUACUACUCUGUGUCUGCUUUACUGUAUACCGUAUGGCCUGAGUGCUGCUGGAAGCACGCGCGUCUCCAAUGAACUAGGAGCUGGGCGUCCAAGAGAAGCACAGCUAGCAGUACUUGUGGCAAUCUUCCUUGCUGCAUUAGAUGCUGGAAUCGUAGUAACAACCCUUUCCUGCACCAGCUACCUGCUAGGUCGUGCUUACAGCAGUGAAAAGGAAGUCAUCCUAUAUGUUGCAAAAAUGAUCCCUUUACUUUCUCUAUCUUCUUGCAUGGAUGCCUUGCAGGGUGUGCUUUCAGGUGUUGCCAGAGGUUGUGGAUGGCAGCAGCUUGGGGCAUACAUCAAUCUUGGUGCAUUUUAUUUGUUCGGCAUUCCGCUUGCAGCUUUGUUGGCCUUUUCAUUUCAUUUGGGUGCUAGGGGACUUUGGAUUGGUAUAGUUUGUGGGUCUGUACUGCAGACGAUUCUGCUAUGCCUUAUCACUUGCUUCACAGACUGGCAAGUUGAAGUGAACAGGGCAAGAGAGAGAAUAUUAGAGAAGCCUACAUAACCAACGAUUAUCAACUUCAAAAGAUGAUGAGAACAUCAAAUUGUUCUUUGUAGACUUUGUAAAAAAAUUUCUGAAGUUAUAAAGGGUGCCAGAUCGGUAUAGCGAUCUCCACAGGCCAACACAACUCCCAUUCUUGUUC